UGGUCACUGUGGGCCCCGCCCUCCGCUGGACCACGUGGGCAUCCGGCUUGGGCAGGGAGCGCUUUCUGCCAUGGCGGGGAUCCGGAAGUUGGGGCUGGCCGAGGCCUUAGCUCUGGGGCCCGGCUGGCGACAUGCCUGUCACGCGCUGCUGUACGCGCCCGACCCGGGGAUGCUCUUCGGCCGCAUCCCGCUGCGGUACGCCGUGCUGAUGCAGAUGCGCUUCGAUGGGCGCCUGGGCUUCCCAGGCGGCUUCGUGGACUCGCAGGACAGCACCCUGGAGGACGGACUGAACCGUGAAUUGCGCGAGGAGCUGGGCGAAGCGGUCUCCGCCUUCAGCGUGGGACGCACAGACUACCGUAGCUCACACGCCGGGGCCAGGCCGCGCGUCGUAACGCACUUCUACGCUAAGAGACUGACGCUAGAGCAGCUGCAGGCGGUGGAAGCUGGAGCACCAAGAGCCAAGGACCAUGGGCUGGAGGUGCUGGGCAUGGUGCGGGUACCCCUGUACACCCUGCGGGAUGGUGUGGGAGGCCUUCCUGCCUUCCUGGAAAAUUCCUUUAUUGGCGCUGCCCGGGAACAGCUACUGGAAGCCCUCCAGGACUUGGGACUCCUAGAACCUGCGUCUGUGCCCGGACUUCAGACUCGAGUUCAUCGGUAGAGGCAACCCUCUGUGGACUCCUAGAACCUGAGAUCAGGACCUUGGUACCGGGCUGGAGGGGUUCUCUCCUGGGCCUGAGAGAAGAUAGGUGAUACUGCAUUAAAAGAGGGAGACAGGGACUAGGGAUACAGCUCAGCGGCACAAGUGCCUGCCUGGCAAGUGCAAGGUCCUGAGUUCAAUUCCUGGUACAAAUAUAUAUAUAUAUAAAAUAGAAGAGGGAGAUGUGUGUGCAGUGUUUUGAGCAGAGGACUCUCGCAGCUGAUGGCGUCGGGCAGAAACCCACAGCUCAUCCCCGGGGCCCUGGCAGAGUCUCACUCUGCUUCCUCCUGUGCACGUGUGCGCGGUGUGGACCCCCAUGCACGUCCAUGUCCAGUUGUGACCACACAGGUUGAACACGCCCCCACCCAGCAUGUCUAGCCCGAACGUGGCAACUGUGCCUGCCUUGUCACCAUCCCUUCUCCUUCCUGGUGGGGGCGGGGGGAGCUUCUGAAGCAGAGGAUCAUCUCUUCUCCUCCAUGACUGCUCUUCAGGGUCUGGCCCAGUCCAUGCUUGUGGGGAACAGUAGCAGCAGAGGAUCCUUUGCCCUGAGAAUGCUCCCAUCCUUACCUGAAACAGAGAGACUGAGCCCUUUCUCUGCAGGACUCCAGAGCAAGGGGACCCACAGUCCUUAUGUGCCACAUGGUUUCUGUGGUUCCCUAGAGCUUGAUGGAGAGGGGAGAGUAAGGUUAAUAGUGUUAACUGGAUGCCUGUUUAUGUGUUAAGUGCAAGGAAAUAAACUGAUACAGUACUA